GGUUUAGUAGUAGCGACGGACGACCAGGAGCUGAGAAGUCCUCCUGUACUAUUCUACACUACAUCAUAAAAAAAAAGAAAGAAAAAAAAAAAGGAAAACAAUUUUUCUUUUUUUUCUUUCUUAAUUCCAGCUUGUUUUUGGAUUCGCGAACGAACAGCCUGUUGAUUUGGAUUUACUUCCCAUUUUUAAAAAUUUUUUUUUAUUUAAAAAAAGAGAGAGAAAACAAAAAAACAAAUAAAACUACAGAUCAUGGGAUCACAGGCGUCUAAGGGAGGAGUGACCGCGGAGGGCAAAGCUGCCGAUGCUGCACCGGACGCCGCCGGGGCGAAGACUAACGGACAGGAGAACGGGCACGUCAAGACGAACGGCGAUGUCUCUGCCAAAGCAGAGGGCGACUCUGGUGCCACAACCAACGGCUCUGCCGAGGCUGCCAAGGAGGCCGAAGCUGGAGCAGGAGACGCCAUCGAACCUGCACCCACCGCCGAGGGCGAAAGCGCCAAGCCCGAGGGCGAAGCGGCCAAGGAGACCCCUAAAAAGAAGAAGAAGAAGUUCUCGCUGAAGAAUUCAUUCAAGUUCAAGGGUCUGUCGCUGAAAAAGAGCAAGAAGGCGAGCACCGAUGUGAAGGAGGAUUCCGUGAAGGAGGAAGAGAAGAAGGAGGAGAAGCCGGCUGAAAAUGGUUCCACCGAGGAGAAGAAGGAGGAAGAGGCCAAGCCCGAGGAGAACGCUGCUGCUGCAGCUGCCCCAGCCGAGACCCCCAAGGCCGAGGAGGCUCCUCCCAAAACCGAGGAAGCCGCCGCCCCCAAGGAAGAGGCCGCCACCCCCUCGGCUGAGCCCACAAAACCGACAGAGGAGACCAACUCGACACCUGCAGCAUCCGAACAGAAGGAGUGAUUGAUUGUACGUCGCAAGGAACUGUUGUGAACUGUUUUUCAAGAAAAAAAAAUCUAUAUAUAUAUAUUUAUAUAUAUAUGUGUAUAUGUAUACAUAUGUAUAUAUACAUGGAUAUAUGUAUAUGUAUAUAUACACAUGUAUGUGAAAAAAAGAGAGACUCCUCGUGCCACUUUCUUCAAGAUUAAUGAGAAAUGACAGACUAGAUUCAGCAGUUAACUUCCCUAUUAAUGGCUCAAAGAUCUGGGACUCUUGAAUUUAGGCCGCAAUCGAUCGGAGACGUCGACGCUGGAGUGAAGAGUGAGAGGAUGAGAUGAAGAGGAGGCAUCUUUCAAUCCCACCACCACCAGAGAUGCUAAUAGUAUAAAAUCAAGUGCAAGAUGAACAUCACCACAUAAUGACUGUUUAAAAAAAAAAAAAAUGAAAUGGAAAAAAAAAAUAGAAAAGACUCGCCAACUUUCUACAUUCCUAUAUUUUAACCCAAAUUUAAGUAUUUUGUGGUGUAUAGAGAACCAUUUUAAAUAUCCAGAAGGCUUUGUCUUGUUUGUUUGAAAUUGCAUUUUAAUUUCCAUCUUCUCUAAAAACACACACACACACGCACACACACACACACAUUUGAGCUUGCUAUGUUCACAUUUAAAGUUUAAAAAAAGAAGCAGAGUUGUUAUGUGUUAAAUGUGAGCCUUGAUCUGCUUUUUUGUCUCUGUAAAUAAAUUUGACCGAUUUCUGUUCUUUAUUUUGCUAAUGUUAAAAGAUGUUACUGGUUUUAUUGUAAAGUUGAUAAUGGUAAAUAAAUGUUGGUUACCUAAUGAA